CGCCCCCCUCCCCAAACCCACGUGGCGACACCCCAGAAAGCCAAGAAGCAGUGGCAGAGAUGGAGCGCUCAAAGUCCAAGGCGAAAGGCAGGAGUGAUAAGCUCUUCAGGUUUCAAUCGUUUACGGAGCGUAUUGCCAGCAUCAAGAUCGACGUAGUGCAUCAGACACGGACCACAUCAACAGACGCCCCGGACGAGUCGGAAACCUUCUUUGGCACUGCACUACACAAAUGGCGAGAGUUGAACUGUACAUCCAGUUUCGUUCAAUUCCACGGCAAAGUUGUCAGUUGUUCCAAGUCCCUUCCCCAGCUCGUUCACCAUAAGGAUGAGAUACUGACAGCUCUGUUGGAUCAUCUCCAAUCCAGUGACACUCUGGCACAUGAACCUCUUCUUGAUUUGGUGGUCCAACUGGCCAGAGAUAUUCAGAGUGACUUUUAUCCACAUUUCACCUCUGUGUUCCCUGUUCUAGUCUCCGUUUGCCUCUGCCACGAUCCUCAACUGAUUCAGGAUGGAUUUUCAGCCAUUGCUCACAUAUUCAAGUUCCUCUGGAGACACAUGUUGAGAGACAUAGAGAACGUCUACAGUCUCUAUUCAGAGCUCCUGGUUCAGUCGCAGAAAUCGCACAUACGACAGUUUGCUGCCGAAAGCUUUGGAUUUCUCCUCAGAAAGGUUAGAGACCAGGAGAAGCUUCUGGGAAUGAUCUUUACGAGUCUGUCCGAUAAUCCCGAGUUGGUGGAGGGAGUGGGUCAGCUGAUAUUCGAGGUCUGUAAAGGGGUUCCAAGGCAGUUUCACUCCUGCACCGAAAAGGUUUUGCAGAGUAGCUUGGAGCACAUGACGUCGUCUUCAUCUCCCCGCCCUCUCUCCCAUGACCUGGUGUUUGCCACUCUCUCUCACACGGUCCAGCUAAUGGCCGAACACACACGAAGGGAUUUCUCUUCCCCUCUCUGGUCCCCUAUACUGUCUUGUCUGAAUGGACUCGUCAGGCUGUGGAAGGCAUGUCCCGAGUCCGUACCACUGUCCCGGAACCUGGACCACGUCCUACACCUGGUGGGUGUGGCAGUCGCCUGGCAUAAGGGAAGUCGGAUCAAAGAUAGCGGAAGGAUUGUAGAAAUCCUCGAAGAAGUUCUCUCUCCCUCUUUUUCCGUCGCUGAUUCUCUUCUCUCCACUGCUCUUCACCUCGUCACCUCGCUCGUGUUGGUCGGUCCCCACGUCCCCGAGUGCCACGCCCACUCUCCGGGGUUGCUACGGUUACUGUGCUCUCGGGGAAGGUGUGAGGAGGUGGAGACUGUUUUGAAGUGUUUUCGAGAACUCUCAGAGAAACAUCCCUCAUUUCUCACCAACAUCCUUCCAGAUUGUGUGAAGUAUUGUGACAGAGCGUGUGAGUCUCGGGAAAACCACACCCACAUCAUCCAUUUUCUUGCCGAGCUGUGCCUGGCCUUUGACCCCAAGUGGGCCCGCCCCGAGUCGGGAACCCCGGCUGGGAAUUUCAGGACCCCUCAGCCCCCCUCCUCGGGGGGCCAGAAUUUCACCCUGCAAUUGGAGUGGGGGGAAGGAGGAGGAGGGAGGGUGCUGCGAUCGGGGAGUGGGGUGUGUGGUUUGAAGCAGCUGGUGACGGCUCUGCAGGGAGUCGUUGUAGGAGGAUACGGGAUGGUGGGUGUGGUCAGUGGUGAGGGGGUGGAGUCAGAGGAAAGUGGGCGGGGCUGUGGAGACCUUGCCAACACUUGGGCAGCUCUGGUUUGUGCGCAACAUUUGAGCUCCGUUCCUUCAAUGCUGUGCGAAGAAGUGAAUAAACUCCUAUGGAACCUGACACAUUCCCUCCAGAAAACCACACCCACCAGCAACCAAGACCACACCCACUGCCAGCAGCUCCUGAUGGUGUGGUCCCAAGCAGUGUGUACCCUGACCUCUUCUGGCAGGCCCCUCCCCCUCCCGUGGGACCACAUCCUGCCUCUUUUACAGUGCUGGCGAAGUUCACCUAAUGUUUUGACUGCUGUGGAGAGAUACCUGAAUCGGCUUCCCGUUUCUUCUCCCCUUCCUCCUCUUCGCCUUCUCUUUCGACCCCACAACUGCCGCCAUUUCGUGAUCUCCUCUCUCUUCUCCUUCCCAACCUCAGUUGGCCUUGCUCUCAUGUACGUCCGAGUGUUAACACUGAAAGUGAUCAAGCGGUGUUUGUCGCGUGAUACGAGUAACGCAGGGUGUGACGCGACUGACACAAGUAAUGCAGAGUCGGACGUCACAGCAGAAGAUUCAGGAAGUAGCCGGCUGGUGGAGUUGGUGGAAAUCUGCCUAAAGGCUGAGCAACCACCAGCCAUUUUGACCGAGAUUCCACUGCGGUUUCUUAUUGGAAGUCUGUACGUGAACUUGAGUCUCCUCUGGGAGCCAAUCAAACACCUCAUAAUAUCUUAUGCCGUUGAUGAAAGGAAGAAACUGUUCUGGGAGAUCUUUGGCCAUUUUCUUGAAAGAUCUUCAAACAUUUCGGAAGUUCAGAACACCACUGCGCCACCCUCCGAGAGUCACAACUGGCACGAUUCCAUUCCAGCUCUGUUCCGGUUCCAGUACGGUUUGGUGUGUGGUAUGGAACGGGGACGACCGGACCACGUCAACUUCAGACGACUCUUGUGGGGCAUUCUCUCAGAUAUUCCGUCUUUUGCCGAGCCUCGUUCCCGAACCUUGGUUCCUCUGUUUUUGCAGUUCAUUGAAAAAGAGUAUGCCUUGAGAGUAGACAAUCUAAUGGAGUUUCAAGAUUUGAGGUGUUCAUCUGAAAACGAUGACUUUGAGGAGGAAGAAGAACGCGAAGAGAGAGCAAAGGACGAAGAAGAAGAGAAAGAGAUCACGGCAGAAACGGAGGUGGAAGACGUGGCAAUGGAGGUGGAGGAGGAGGAGGGGAGAGAGAAAGAGAUGAGAGGCGGUGAAAACAAAACGGCUGACACCAAAAGCAGGAGAAAGAAGAAAGAGACGACAGAGAAAAAACAGAGUGGUGGUCGAGGAUUGACAAAGGUCUUCUCAAAGUUCACGAACCCAAAGGUUCUAUACCGACAGGAGGACCUCCACAACCUCUACAUGAAGCUGUUAACUCACAGGGACACGGAGGUUCAGGAGUUGGCCAUUGACUGCCUCCUCACUUACAAGGCUCCAUACUUAGUCCCCUACCAUGAAAACCUAGGAAGGUUGAUGGAAAACGCGUCAUUUCGUGAAGAACUCCUCAACUUUAAUACAGACAGCGAUAAUUGUGUGGUGGCGGAAGAGCACAGGACUGGACUCUUACCAAUUCUUCUCAGGAUACUGUACGGGCGUAUCCAGAGACCGGUGGGUGUGGCUAUGAGUAGAGUGGGUGUGGCCUCUAGACGGAUGGCAGUUCUCCAGUUCCUGGCCGGCUGUGAGGAGAGAGACAUCGACGAGUUCUUCUCUCUUCUCCUCCUCCCUUUCCGAACUCUUCUCGAUUCUAGUGAGGAUGAGGAGCGACUGCUGGAAGUGGAUAUUGGCAGGGUUAUCCCCCUCAGAAAGCAGCUGGGUUUUGUGAGAAUGCUGUCGAUGAUUCUGGCGGUCCUUGGCCCCCGAGUUGAGCCACACCUACCCACCUUCCUCUCCCUGCUGCUGGGUCUGGCCCACAUCUACCGCACCAUACUGGACCACUCCAGACACCUGAUUCAGCCUGUAUUUGUGACUGUGAUUAAGACCCUUCGCCAGCUGGUUGUCGUGCGUCUCAUAGAGUGUUUCAAAACUUUCACAAAUUACGACUUUUCUCCUUUUGAAGACAAAAUCUUCGGGACAAUAGUUUGGCCUCAGCUGGUAAGGCUACCCAGUGAAAGUAUACAGCACCCAACUCCUCUCAUGAGGCUGUUGUCAGCAUGGAGCAAGUUCCAAAGAUAUCACAAACUAUUGGGUCGCUCAGUUCCCAAGGACCUACAACCUGCGUCCCCUCAAGAGUCAAAUAUCUCAUCCGGGGGGCAGAAAUUUACCCUGGGGGUGCCCCCCAUACUCCACUAUGUGUACCAGUGUUUGUUCUCCCCUGGAGUAAGUGUGAAGGUCGCUGGCUGCGUCAUGGAGAUGACCCUUGACCUCCUGGAGUGCGCUGGAGAAGAGGGAGGAAGGGGAGAAGUCGGAGAGAGGGGAGGGGAGGGAGUGAGGUUGGUGCUAGCUCAUGUGCCAACUCUGUUGGCCUACCUGGGAGGGAGAGUGAGGUCAAAGUACGAGAGAACUGCCGAGGGAGAAGGCGGGAACUUGCAGCUGGAAUUCACUGUCCUAUCAAGGAUCAGUACCCAUGUGAAUGAUUCUGAGGAGUGUGCCACUCUCGGUUCACUUCUUCUGCCCUUUGUCUCUGCCCACAAAUACAGGAAACAGCAAGAGAGUGUUCUAGUUACUCUGAAGAACUUGCUGGCGUCUAUUCGUGAUACCAGCUCCUUUUUCAGACCCCUCUCCAAAUUUUUUGGAGAGUUAACAUCAAGACAAAACAGGAAAUUAUUGUGCGAAACUUUUCAGGUUUUAGCCGAAAAGGAUGCCAAGUGGAAAAGGACUGCAGACAUUGUUUCUAUGGUAAACAAGUGGGACUCGAGGCACAUUGAAGAGCCGGCCUACGAGACCAGACAAGAGGGGUACGCAGAUGCUAGCGAGCUGUUGUCGUCGGAGACCAGCUGGACUGUUGACUGCGUUCUACCAAUUCUCCAUAACGCCAUUUACACACUAAAUAUGAGUAGUGAGAUGUCACUUCGUGAUGCUGCUUCUUCCUUUGUCACUUGCCUCCUCUCACACGUCGGGACUGAUGCUGGGGAAAAGUUUCAUUACCUGGUAAUGAAUGUGGUCGUGACAGCAGUGAAGAAGGGACUCCGAUCUGGACAGGAGUUCGCCAGACUAGAAUACAUCUCCGUUCUCUCUUCCCUCGUCAAAUACUACCCACUCCAUCCUCGUUUCGUCGACAUGGCAACGCACCUCGCCAACGAAGACAAGGAAGCCGAUUUCUUUGAAAAUGUGCGACACCUUCAGCUUCAUCGUCACACGAAAGCCAUGAGAAAAUUGGCGACUGCUUGCAAGUGUGGUCAGCUCAGUCCCCAUUCCAUGACAGGGUUCCUUGUUCCGCUAGCUAAUCAGGUUCUGUUCCAUUCCACUUCCAACGUGGAACAGAAUCUCGUGACGGAAUCGGUGAACGUGAUAUCGGGAAUGUGCCUGCAACUAAAGUGGACCAAGUACUGCUACUUCCUGAGGCAUUACCUAAGACUUCUUACUAAGAAAAGCGAUGUUCACAAGACCCUUAUAAGAGUUGUCGUGGGAAUCCUUGAUUCAUUUCACUUUGAUGUGUGUGGUGCUAGUUCUGGUACACUUGGAAAGAGGGAGAAAGAGGAGGGAAAAGAGAGAGGGAGGGAAGAACAGGAGGAGAUAAAGGAAGGAGAGGAAGAGAAGGGGGAGAACGAAGAAGAAGAAGAGAUGUCACCAUCUCUGACUCUACAGCAAAAGAUCCACGAUACUAUAGUGAAGACUAUUAUACCCAGUCUUGCAGCUGUGCUCACUAAGGGUUCUUCCCCAACACCCGCUCACAAGCUGAGUUCAAAGUCCAACGACCACGAGGCCAACGUGCUCAGGGUCCCAGUUGCCAUGGCAAUGACGAAACUGCUCCUCCACCUUCCUCAGUCGACACUCAUCACCCACCUACCCAGUCUUCUCCUGAAGGUGUGUGAGAUUCUGAGGAGCCGGUCGCAAGACGCGAGGGGUGCGGCGAGGGACACUCUGGUCAAGAUGGCCGCUGCACUCGGCCCUGCCUUCCUUCCAUACAUCUUCAAGGAGAUGAAGGACCUCCUCACUAGGGGGUAUCAGUUGCAUGUGUUGGGGUACAGUCUUCAUUCCAUUCUGAAUGGUGUGUGUCCGAUUCUCAAAACUGGUGACCUGGAUCCAUCUUUAGACCUCGUCAGCCAGAUUCCCAUACUCCCAUACUCUCAUUCUCUCAUACUCAGGUUCUGGUGGAGGAUCUGUUUGGAGUGCCGGCAGAAGAGAGGGAGGCCGGGGAGUCGGUUGCUAAGAUACCAGAGGGAAAGAAUCCGCAGAGCAGCAAGAGCUUCGAUACUAGAGGCCAAGGCGUCGUCAAGGACGAGCCGCGUUGCCGAGGAAGUCCUCCGUCAGAUUGGCUACGGAAUCCUCUCAAACGACGGACUCACUCCUCAGGCCCUUCUCGUCUUUGUUCACGGACUCGUGAGCGACGCCGUACCCCGGCUGUUGACUACCAAGCCACACCCGCCUCACGUUGCCACGACGAUGCAUUCGUCGGCUCCGCGGAGACCGGAAGACUGUCGUCUCAUCCCGAGAGAGCCGGGGAGGGCGCGGCCUAAACCAGCCAGUCAGAGUAACGUUGCUAUUCACGUCAUCACAGAAUUUGGUCUACAGGUUCUGCGCACUGCCUUCAAGAAGGGAAAAUUCGACAGUUCUUCGACCGAGCAGCUCCAAAUGUUGGACCCCUUUCUUCCCCUCCUCACCCUCUCCCUCGCGUCCCGGCACACCAAAGUCCUCACUCACUCACUCCACUGUCUCCUCCCCCUCCUCCGGCUCUCCCUCCCCUCGCUCGACGGGAGCGUCAAUCUCGUGGUGGCCGCUCUGUUCGGUGUCCUCAGAAAGUACGCCAGGUCCGGGGAGAUGAGUGGCACGAACAGGGAACUAGUCGUAGCUGCCUUCAAGGCAAUGACAGUAGUUCUACGAGAAGUAAAACAAUCGCAGAUUUCAGAAGACGAACUUAAACUGUUGCUGAGUUACGUCGAGGAAGAUAUCCACGACUACAGACGACAGAUAACGGCUUUUCCUCUUCUCAGGGCAAUUUUGGGUCGCAAGUUUGUGGUUGAGGACAUCCACAAACUGAUGUACAAGGUCGCCCAACUCUCGGUGACGUCUGAUUCUGAUACCACCAGACUCCAGUGUCGUCAGGCCGUGGUACACUAUGUCAUGGACUAUCCACUGGGGAAGAAACUGAAGAAGAUCCUCGACUUCUACGUCUGCAACCUGAGCUACGAGGACCAGAAUGGGAGGGAGAGUGUGGUAGAGUUCUUUUCCCUCAUCUUCAGUAAAUUUCCAGACUUGCUGAUUCGUCGCUAUGCCUCCUUCUUUUUCCUCCCUCUGUCGGCUCAACUGGCAAACGAUGACUCGUCGACCGUCAAGAGAAUGAUAACCCAGACCCUCUCCUCUCUCUUCAAGAGGCUCAAUUCUGCUGCGAUGAAUGAUGUCAUCGCCAUGGUGAAGACAUGGCUUUCACACACACAGCUCUCCCACAAGAAGCUGGCGGUACAGUUGGUCGGAAUACUGACUGAGUCUCAGGGCCGACCUUUUGAGGCCCACCUCCCCACCUUCCUCCCUCUCCUCUCUCACUCCCUUCUACUACAGCACCAAUACCCCGUCGACGGGGAGGAGCUUAUUUCCAUGGCAACCAAUGAACCAGUUUCCAUGGUGACCGAGGAGUCUGUUUCCGUGGAGAGUGGAGCUAUGGAAAUGGGCCGCGUUUCGAAAGAGACUAAAAAUGGUACUGAAGGAAAUGGCAGUGAUAACGAGGAAGGUUUGACCGUUGAAGAUGAAAUUGAAAAUGAAACUAGGGCACCGGAUGAAAGAUCGCUGGAUCACUUUUUGUUUGGGGUCGUCACCGUGUUGAGCAAGUUGCUCACCACCUGUGGCGCUCUGAGGUCGCCCCUUCAUCAGACACUCGUCACGAGCACCAUGGCGACCAUUGGUGUGUGUAUCACCGAGUGGAGUAAGAAUGGCAGUGGUCGCAUUUGCCCUGCCGUCUCAUGCUUUGCUACUUUGCUUCAAUGUUCCGGGGCCUCUACAAAUCAUAUACAUGCAGCACAACUUGUAGUGGUCCACCCAAAGAAGUGCAUGAUAAUAGAAGUGGUGUCUAUUGCAUGAAGUGUAUGUUGCAUAUUAUGGAUCCAUCAUCCCAUACAUUGAAGAUGGUAAGACGAACAUCUUUCUUUCUCUGCCACAGAGCAAGUAGAGAGUCUUCUGCUCCAUCCCCACGCCUGGGUCCGACUUGCCUCCUGUCAGCUCUUCGGUCACCUCUUUGCUGCCUACAAGCCCCAGGAACUGGUUGCGUUGCUCGAGACGACGGGAGAAGAGGAACCAGCUGCUGUCUCUCUAUCGUCGUCGGGGGAGAAGGGAGAGAGGGGGAUGGGUGGGGGGAGGAAGAGAAAGAGAAGGAAAUCGGGAGUGGGUGUGGUCUCAUCAGAGUACUUAGUGAGGGAUCCUAUCACAAAGGUUCCUGAGUUGUGUCACAAGUUCUGUGUCCAGCUCAGCUCUCAUCUGCUCACUCCAGAACUGGCCAAUCAGGCUGUCAAGAAUCUGGUGUUCCUGGCUAAAGUUCUUCACAGAAUGAUGGAAGCUGGUCACAUGACCUCACAUGCAGAUCAUGUGACUGAUCACAUGACCCCCUGUGUAGAUCGCACAUCGAGCAGUACAACCACCAACUGUGGCACUGAAAGUGAAGGUUGUUUUGGCAUCAAUGAAGACCAAGAUGAACCUGGUGGUACCACAGAAGACCACUAUGAGGACCACUGUGGUAGCAACGGGGACCGCAGUGGUCAUCGAACGGUGCAAGACUUGCACUGGCUGGUGGGAAGAAUGGAUCGACUGGCUCGGCGUGAGGCUGGCAAGACCCCUCAUCAGUCCUUGAAGUUUGACCCAAUGCUUGUGGUUUUCAUAAUGAUAUUCACGUUGGCCCCACCCCCAAGGGAGCUGACAGACCCCAACAAGACUGCGGGGGAAGGACUCCACUGUCUGGCUGGUGAGGUUGUCGAGGUGAUGAAGGGGACGUGUGGGAAGGAAGAGUUUUCCAGGGCCUACACUGUCGUCCAUCGCAGGGCCCUCGACGCGAGAGAAAAGAGGAAGAAACAUGCAGCCUUGGAGGCUGUCAUUAACCCAGAGAGGGCUAUCCGUAGACGUCAGAGAAAGCACUUGCUCACCAGAGCCAGCAAGAGAAGAAGAAUUCUGGCAUACCGCCCCUCUGCCUCGGCUGCUGCCAAGAGGUUUAGACACAGAACCGGGAAGUGAUAGAGAUUUUAUGUAGCUGUCCAGUGGUCUCAAUAAAGUAUUUGUACACCAUGAUAACACGUGACCAGUA